AUGGCUGCGCAGGCAGUACUCGCAUACAUUUCCCUAAACACUUACCCCGACUCGGAGUCCAUCUCAGCCUCCUCCCUCGCGUCCACGGACCUUCAAUCCCUUCUCGAUACUCUCCGUGCUGAACAAGAAACGACGCGCACCGAGAUCCGCUCCCUCAGCAAGUCUACCGCCGGCGACAUCGACGAAUGGAUCACCCAGGCAAAGACGCUGCAAGCAGACAUUCUGCGCUCGCGUGAGACUGCACGUCAAAUUGUCGCAGAUGCCGAAGUAGGAAACGCUCUACAGUCGAACGUUGAGGAGCAGGGACGCAAAGUUGGCUUGUUGGAGGAGGAGCUGCAGUUCAAUGAGACCCUCACUGGAACACUCGAGCAUAUCCAAUAUGCGAAUGGCUUGAUCGAUCGUACGCAAGAGGAUGCGGCCAGAGCGGAUAUCCCGGGCGCACUCCAGGGACUGGAAGACGCCGAGGCCAGCAUACUGGGCCUUCAAGCGCUCGCAGAAGGCCCUCAAUCGUCAAGAGCGCUGGAGUUACUCAACCAACGAAUGGAUGAGCUGAGGCAUAGCCUUAUCGAGACGACGACCGAGUUCUGGAAUGCAUUCGUCUCCGUAAAUGAGGAAGAACGGUCUAUGCUGGUGUCAGGACGUGGCUACAAGGCGCCGGGGGAAAACAUCGCUGUAUCGGAGCUGAAUUUGGAUCACAUUCUCGUCGCUGCUCGCGGGUUGGGACUCUUGCCCUCACUCGUCCAGAAGCUUGCCAAAGAUAUUGAACAGAGUACCCUCAAGCAACGCCUGGUGGUAGACGAGGAUGAGUUGGUUGCAACGAUCACCAUCUCGAAACACACAAUGUCCGCUAAUGGCAAAAACGGGGAUAUUACUGUGAGCUCUCUGUUCGACGACUUGAACGACAUCCUGGACUUCCUCGCUACCCACCUGCCCGACGCCGUCACAGUCCCGCUGUCCGACUUUCUCGUACCCGCAAUGACUAAAUUGUUGGAAGACGAAUGGCUCGAUGCGGCCAUUCCCCUGAACAUGGCGGAAAUCGCUCAGUUCACAUCUAUUGUCGAGGAUACAGAAGAGCUGGCUGAGCGGAUCGAGGGCUACGGCUGGAAUGGUGCAGGAACGCUACGACAGUGGGUGGAGAAUGCGCCUCGCACUUGGCUUACGAAGCGGCGGGAGGCUGUCCUUGGACAUGCCCGGAAUCUCGUGUUUGCAGGCCUGAGUGAGAGGACUGCUGUUGAGAGAGUGGAAACAAGAGUCUUGAGUCGAGACGACCCUGCUUUGCAAGGACCGGGCGAUGCCACUGGGAGCGAAGAUGCCUGGGAUGAGGCCUGGGAUGACUCGGAAGACAAAGCUGGCCCCGCCGAUAACUCCCCAAGGAUCCAAAAGGAUGUCCAACUUGGCGGUAUUCCGGAUGACGACGACGACACGAGCGCAUGGGAUGUUGAAGAAGAUGCCGACGAGAAGUCGGAAGAUCCUGACGCCAACGGGGAUGAGGAGGAUGCUUGGGGCGCAUGGGACGACGAGGAUGCGACUUCAAAGCCAGCCUCGCCGGUGGUGGCUAGGAAAGAGCCUGCGUCCACCAGAACAAACGGCACUCAAGCCGCGGCACCGCCAGCGGAGCAAGAGAUGACACUCCGCGAAACCUUCACAGUCUCCGCGAUCCCGGAUGGCAUACUGCAACUUUUACAACAAAUCAUCUCCGAAGCCGAGACGCUUGCUGGGCCUGACUACUCAACGUCUCCUCUCGCUGUUGCGUCACAAGCUCUCUACACUCUUCCGACGUUGGCUCUAGCCAUAUACCGCGCAACAGCGCCGACCGCCUACGCCAAGGUGGAUGUGGGCAACAUGCUUAUCUACAACGACUCCCUUCGCCUGGCAGAGCUGCUACGCGUAUGGCAAGACUCGCGACCCCAAGGUGUUGGCCGACUGCGUCUUGACAACGAUACGGUCGCGCUCGAGACUUUCGCAAAGAGAGCCUACUCGUCUGAGAUGGAGAGUCAACGCACCAUCUUCCGCGACAUCCUCGACGGAGCGCAAGGAUUUGGGAACUGCACUGUCCCGCCUUUCAAACAGGAAUGUGAGAGCGCAAUUGACGGGGCAGUUGCAAGACUGCGCGAUGUGCACAAGAUGUGGAAGCCGAUACUCUCGCAGGGCGCGUUGCUGCAAUCCCUCGGCUCCCUGCUUUCCACCAUCACCACCAAGAUCAUCUCCGAGAUCGAAGACUUGGGCGAUAUCUCCGAGGCGGAUUCGCACCAGCUACACGCACUCUGCACGCGCGUCACUUCCAUCACAGACGUCUUCACGCAGAGUGGUGGGGAGGGAGAGCAGGAUAUGACAUUCGUAUACUGCGCUACGUGGCUCAAGUUUCAGUAUCUCGCGGAGGUGCUGGAGAGCAGUCUGGCGGACAUCAAGUGGAUGUGGCGAGAAGGGGAACUGAGUCUGGAAUUUGAUGCGGACGAGGUGGUGGAGCUUGUGGAAGCGCUGUUUGCCGAGAGCGAGUUAAGGAGGCAGGCGGUAAGGGAGAUUCGAGCUGGAGGACGGUGA